AAACGCCACAAGCGGCCUCCUAAUGCAACCAUCCCACCUUCAAGACUCCCACUUGCGUCUCUCGAUCAAUUCAUUUUGCAGACUCAUCUCUCCUCUACUACCCCUCUACGCACCUCAACAUGGCUGCCAACGCGCCUACGCCCACCGAAAUCUCUCAGACUCAUCCUUACACAUGCAAUUCCUGCGCAGUCGCCUUCCGCAACAGUGACGCCCAACGGACUCACAUGCGAAGUGACUGGCACAGAUACAACCUGAAGAGAAGAUUAGCAGAACUGCCUGCGGUAUCGUCAGAAGACUACAAUGAGAAAGUCCUAGCUGCUCAGGCAAGCAACAAUGAGGCAGCCGCUCAAGCAGCCUUCGCAAAAUCGUGCGCCACCUGCCAGAAGACAUACUACAGUGAAAAUGCAUACCAAAACCACCUUGCAAGCAAAGCACACAGAUUACGAGUUCUCGCCGAUCGUGGCAAGGCAUCAAGAGGAGACAAGAGCACUGCAACAGAUACGGCAGUUUCCAGGGUGGAUUCUGCUGGAGAUUCAGAAUCUCGGGAUCCGGAGGCCGAAGCAGAAUUUGAAAAGGUGGUAGCAGGCAUGAAGGACACAACUUUACAAGACGUCCCUGCGAUCACACGAAGGCCGUUUGCACCGCCUCCAGAUGCAGAGCCACGGGAGGAUCAUCCAAUGUCGCCAGAGAAGCCUGCCGUCUCCUCGAUCCCGCUGUCCCGCUGCUUGUUCUGCAAUUAUGACUCGCCAAACCUCAAGCUCAGUGUUAUGCAUAUGACCAAGAUCCACAGUCUGUUUAUUCCCGAGCAGUAUUAUCUGGUGGAUCCAGAGGGGCUCGUGAGAUACAUGCAGGCCAAAAUCUACCAGAAUUUUGAAUGUUUAUACUGCCAUCGCCUUAGGGGGAACGCCGAGGGUGUUCAGACACAUAUGAGAGAUAAGGGCCACUGCAAGAUUGCUUUUGAGACCGAGGAGGAAAUGAUUGAGGUCGGGCAAUUCUACGAUUUCUCAAGCACCUACUCGGAUGACGGAGCAGGCGAUUCCGACAUGGAGCUGGACGCUUCGAAAUCGGGUCAGAACGGUGGAGUCAAGUUGGCAAAUGGAGAGCAAAACGGCGAGGACGAAGGAUGGGAGACAGAUUCUUCAUUCUCAUCACUUGACACCGAAGAUCUCGCUUCCGUACCAAUCGACGACCGAUCCUCAUCCUACCAGCGGCUCCCUCUGCACAGGCACCACUCGAACGCCGAACCCAGACCACAUAAGCAUCUUGAUGGAUUUCAUUCUCAUGCACACAACCACAACAAUGCAGUCUUCUACGACGAGUAUGAGAUGCAUCUUCCCAGCGGCCGUAUUGCGGGCCACAGAAAUUUGAGGAAAUACUAUAGACAGAAUCUGCAUUCUUACCCUACGGCGGCGGAGAGAAUGGAACGAGCACAAAGAUUGAUUGAAGAAGGCAGCUCCGACGCAGAUAUGGAAGAUGUUGGUGAUCUUCCGAUUACACCGCCUCGGAACAGUCUUAUGAGACGAGGCGAACAAGGCAUGAUUGGUGCGACGAAUCAACAACGACGUGAUGUGCGCUCGCAGGAGAUUCGUUCAAGACAGAAAGAGCAGCGUACCCAGAACAGGUAUCAGGCCAAGCUGGAGAAGCAGGCCAACUCCCAGAAACACUUCAGGGACCCUCUACUGCAAUGAUCGUUUGGUUCCCGGUUUGGUCGUUCUUUGCGAGUUGUAUGCAGCUCUUCUGCCUUUUCGCAUAGCGGUCAUACGCAUGGGUUACGGCUAGAGAAAAUCAUUGGCGUGACUGGAAUGACCUUGCAUGAGGCGAAAAUAUGUCCACAGAACGUGGGACAGUCUCUAAUGGUGUCAGUCCGUAUUCAUCAAUCAACAUCGACAAUCGUCGCGAUUCAGGCAAGGCUAGUCCUUGUCUAGAGCGGCUUAUUGUUAGAGUACGUAUUCAUAUCAACGAUGGUACUCACGGCG